AUAUUCGCCUGCUUAUGUUUUAAGAAAUCGUUAUUGAUCAAGAAUUCCAAUUUAACUAUGCAUAAUGACUUUGAACUAGUUAGUUAGGCCCAGGCUCCCUUCUUUUUUGUUAAAGUACGUAAGGCCCGCGAAGCCGAAAGUUUUUCGGCUACCAAGGAGAAUCUCGAGUAGAGUAGUAACCGAUUUUUGCGAAAUUGGCAGCAGGCAGAGUAAGCCAUUUUAUGAGCAGAAUUUAUUGUCGCACCUUACCACAGACCCUUUUGCUUCCUUGGUUUUCCACACUAUUACCGACAAAAUGCGCCUCUGGGAGCUCCUCUUGUUGAGAAACAACGCCCACCUGAAACAGUCUGGGAAGAAAAGUGCGCGCGCAAUGUGUCUGGAACUGUAGAAACCAGAGCCUUAGAUCGCUCAAGGAAAGAUUAUCAGUCUCAUUUUCAUAGGCGUAGUAAACGAGUGGUGUUCUUGUUCCUUAUAUUCUAACGUGGGCUGGAUUACCAGCCGCUGUUCGGGAAACGAGUCGGCUUUCCUCCCGCAACUGCUCUUCUCGGGGAGGAAUGUAGACCGGAGUCGAGAGAGCGGCGGAAAUAGAGCCUAAUAUAUGCACCAACCCAAAUAGAAACAUUUUCUCCCGUUUCGUAUCAAGUUGUACAAACUUGAGUGGAAGUUUUGAAGAACGUGGACUAACAUGGGAACACAGAGAGCGUGCUUUUCUUUUUCCCUUACCAGUUCCUUUAGCCGGCGAACAACCUGCCGGCUAGUGUUUAGGCCGUUUUUUUUUUUCGAAUUCUCUCAAACUUUUGCGAGUUUGAUAGACUUAGGCGCAAGACGGAGCCAAACAAAAUGUACCUCUCGCGAAACGCUUGCCACGAGGGUAUAUCUUUUGACGAUGGCUAGGUCGUGGCGUCUUAUCUUUCUCCCAUUCAUUAGCAAAGCCCUGCAUCUCGUUCCCAGGCUCUUGUUCAUUGGAGUGAGGAAAUCAGAAACAAUACACUAUUCUAAGAGACUAGUGAUCCAUUUCAGACAUAUCACUCAACGCUCCCAGCACGUAAAAAUAUGGCGUACACUUGGGCAGUAAUCGUGGCUGGCAUUUCAUUUCUAGUAUACUACAGACGACUUCCAUGGGCCUUAGGUCCAGUUUUAUUAUUUGGCACGUAUUUAGCUUCCGGAGGGAGAUCAUUUCCUAGGGUGUUCUUUCGAACAGUUCUACGUGAUUUGAGGGCAAUUUACCUAGUUGGGGCCAUUGAAAGUGAGGUAAGAAAGCUUCCGAAAAGUGUAGACAAGGUUACAGUGGCUGAUAUUUUUCGAAAAACUUUGUCCAAACACCCACGGAAGACAGCCUUCAUAUUUGAACAAAAGACAUGGACAUUUCAAGAUGUAGAAGAUUACUCCAACAGGAUUGCAAAUUACUUCAAGUCACAAGGCUACAAGAAAGGAGAUGUAAUAGCCCUCUUUCUAGAAUCCUGUCCAGAAUUUAUUUGCAUAUGGCUUGGGUUGUCCAAAGUGGGGGUGAUAAGUGCACUUAUCAACACAAACUUGCGGCUUGAUUCCCUGUGGCACUGCAUAUCUGCAGUAGACGUUAAGGCAAUAAUCUUUGGUACUGACCUGUCAGAUGCUGUGAGGGACAUUCACUCUAAGAUACCAGAGGAUUUACAGCUAUAUCACUUUGGAACUUCUCCAUGUUUGGAAUCUUCAGCUUUGAGCUUGGUAAAAGAGUUGCAGAGAAGUUCUUUAAAGCCUCCUCCUGCCAACGACACCCAGUCCUCCAAUGAUGUGUUGAUGUAUAUCUACACGUCAGGAACAACUGGAUAUCCUAAGGGAGCUAUUAUUACUCAUUACAGGUUCUUCAGAUUUGGAACAGUACCUAUAUUGUACGCCAUCACCCCUGAAGACAUCAUAUACUGUACUUUACCUUUGUAUCAUACUGCUGGUGGAGGCAUUGGAGUCGGGACUUGUUUUCUCAGAGGAAACACUUUAAUCUUGAGACGAAAGUUCUCUGCCAGCAAAUUUUGGGAAGAAUGUGCUGAGCAUAAGGCAACGGUAGUUCAGUACAUUGGAGAGCUCUGUCGUUAUCUGUUGUCUCAGCCUCAUUGCCCUGCUGAGAAACAACAUUCAGUCCGUAUUGCAAUGGGAAAUGGAUUAAGACCACAAAUAUGGAAUGACUUCCAAUCACGCUUUGACAUCAACAACAUUGGAGAAUUUUAUGGCUCAACUGAAGGAAAUGUAGCAUUUUUCAACAUAGACAACACCCCAGGUGCUUGUGGUUUUGUGUCAAUUAUCAUACCAAAGCUGCUUCCCUACUAUUUUAUCAGAGUCCACCCUGUGACUGGUGAGUUACUUCGAGAUGAAAAUGGACUGGCAAUCCCAGCAAAAGCAGGCGAGCCUGGCCUUGUGGUUGGAAGGAUUGCAAAAGAUAAUAACUUUGAUGGAUAUGUAAACAAAGAGGAAACAUCAAAGAAAAUUGGCCAUGACAUUUUCAAGAAAGGGGAUUCAUACUUCUUAACAGGUGACCUCCUCAUCAAAGAUGAAUAUGGUUAUGUUUAUUUUCAUGAUCGCAUUGGAGACACAUUCCGAUGGCAUGGAGAGAAUGUGUCAACAGCUGAAGUGGAGGCAACUAUGAGCAAGAUUCUCGGCCUGCGAGAUGUGGUUGUAUAUGGUGUCAAAGUUCCGGGCACUGAAGGAAGGGCUGGCAUGGCAGCUAUUGUUGAUCCAGACGACAAGGGUAUUGAUUUGACUCUGCUAGUCCAGGAUUUGAAAAAGCUGUUGCCAAGUUAUGCACAUCCCAUGUUCCUUAGAAUAGUAGACAGUGUUAGUGUUACAGGAACGUUUAAGCUUCAGAAAACCAAAUUGAGACAAGAAGGUUUUGAUUUAGGAGCAGUGAAAGAUAAACUGCUUUAUUACGAUGCUAAAGUUAGGCAGUAUCUUGAUCUAGAUGAAGACAAGUAUGCUAAAAUCAUCUGUGGGGAAAUCAGAAUGUAGGGUUGGAUUUACACUUCACAUUGCUGUGUGCUUUGAGUAGUGAAAUGGAAUAAUAUGAACUGUAUUGAAGAAUAAUUAUUUAAUCUCAAAUACCUUUUGCUUUACUUUUAGAUAUAAGCCAAGUUUUUUCCGUCAGUUUUUAGCUCAAGCAUGAAGGGUGUGGGUAAUAAAUCAAAAGGAAGAAAUUAGCAGGGUUGACAUUAAGUUUUGAGUCACCUGUAGCCGUGAUCUUCACACCUGUAACAAACUUGUUACCUUUUGAGUGAAUUGUAUCAACUGUAGGCAAGUUCAACUGUAGCAUCAAAGGUCUAUCAAACAUGCUCAGCCGUAGCAGAUGUUAUGGGUUUAAUGGCCCUUAUUGACAGCCCUAAUUAGGUUCCAUAUUUUACAGUACAGACCCAGAAAAACAUUGUUCAUUAUAUCUCUAUGGAGAAAGGUCAACAUUUAAAUUGGAGUGGGCAGGAAGUGGCUAGCUCUGUACUGUGUUACAAUGCAAUGCAAUAUAUACAAAACGCGAAGAUUUAUUGGGUUCCAUGAGAGGUUAAAAUUUGUCAAUCACAGUCCACUUACAGUUACUAUCAAAGAGAAAUAGUAAUGCUGGCAAUAGAAUUUUAGGUUUUAGUGUAAAUUUCAAACAAUUUUUAAGCAGCCUUUACCAAUUUAUAUUUGACAAAAUGCAAAACAUUUUUUCCUUCUUAUUCUUUUAUUCGUACUUAAUUUUGCAAUGUUUGCUAGGCAAUUGAUAUUUUGCAAGGGUUUACUUUCGCAAUUUCAAGAAGACAAAAUGGAAAAAAAGAGCGUUGAAUUUUGUGAAAGUAAGUUGACAAAGGUUUCAUUUUUAUAAAUUCUACAGAAGAAAUGCAUCAUCAAAAUACAGUUCCAUAUAUCAGGAACUUGUAAACCAGAUCAAAAGCAAUCAGUCAUUUGCUUGCACAAAAGGUUUUGCAGAAUUUAGCAUCAUCCAGAUUCUGGGGUAGUUUCAUUUCUCCACUCACACCAUUAGCUACGCCAGCUUUCUCCCUUCCUUUGGAAAAAUAGUGCUUGCUUUCACAUAGUCAGAUUGUUAUACAAGCUAACAAGCCAAGUUACAGGCUUUAAGUCAAUGUCAAUGUGAUCUUAGCGACACCUGAAUCUCUCUGGCUUUGAACUUGGGCUGAAUACCAGUUUGAGAAGUGAUUUUUCUUGAAUUUCUUUGCCUCUCUGUUACAGUGGGUUUACUGAAACUGGGGCCUGACCCAGACAAUGAAACUCAAUCAGAUGGCAGAACUAAAACAUUAGAUUCCAACAUUUUCGAAUCCAGCCAAUCAAAUGUCUGGUCAAAACAAUGAAAUCUCAACUUGUUCGUUGUGAUGCUUACGCGACUACGGUUUCGCUUAUCAAAAUUGUCAAGCUCGAACCGUUUAAGUACUUUCGCAUUCUUGAAUUGAAUUAAAUGCUGCACUUUCUAUGGGGUAGUUGGUUGGUUUAGAAAAUACAUGAAUAGAAAAGCUUGUAAGAGUGUCACUUGUAAAUAUAUAUUGCCAGAGUGUGUGGUGUAGGGUUCAAAUGUCAUGGCUGUUUAAAAGAAACCCUUCAUGAUCAAAUGGUCUCUGAGUAGGGAAGGCUCUUAUGGCACCAUCUCUCAUUUUUGCCUGAGUGAUUUUACACACUGAGGUUUUGAUAGUACAACAAGGAAAAAACUCAUUUUAUUUCGAUGAAGAUGUUAUUUCAAUGCACUGAUAACCCAGAAACGGAGUUCAAACUCCGAAAUGUACAGCUGCUGAAUCAGUGAAGGUGAUAGUUUUUUCAAGAAAGUGCAAGGUGGAUUUCAUGGUCGGCUGCAUUAAUGACAAACGAAAGCUGUGUAAAAACAGAAACACACACAGACAACGGGGAUGAAAUUUAUUUUGUAAAAAAGUGUCAAAAUCUAUCAUUCUACGAUUUUAAGCAACAACCGAAAAGAUAUUUUGUGUGGCUGUACGUUCACAGUGGAAAACGGUCAAUCUAAUGAGUUUAUCACGCUCAUGUCAAAUGUAAAAAUCUAAAGUAGAGUAACAAUAUUUUCUAAUACGAAAGUUCCAAUGGUUUGAGCUGGUAUUAAUUAACAGACACCAUGGUUACGAGCAUCGCAACAAACAAGUUGAUAUUUCAUCGUUUUGUACCAGAAAUUUGAUUGGCUGGAUUUGAAAAUAUUGGAAUCUAUUGUUUCAGUUCUGCCAUCUGAUUGGUUUUCAUUGUCUAGGUGACCCUGGUUUCAGUAAACACAUAGUAACAGUGAAGAAUGUGAAUGUGAGGUAGAAGAAGAAAGCUAGGCAAACAGCUGAAGUGAAACUUUUACAUUUGAUUUUACAUGUCCUAUUGAUGUAAAUAUAUUAUGGUGGUAUUGCAUGUAAAUUUUGGAAGGGUUUUUUUCACAAGUUUAAAGAGAGAUUGGAGAUAGGGACAGGUGAAAAGAAGUAUGAAUAAAAUAUUUCAUAUGUUAACAAAAGCAGUGUUUCAGUAAUAAGAAGUUUAAGGGCAGUCCUUGAAAUAUUUCUUUUUUCUUCUAUAUGUAUAAACUAAUUUUACUGCAGCUAUUUCUCCGCUGUAGCAAUUAAGUGUGAAGCAGAAAAUUAUGAAUACCAUACACUAUCAAUUACAUGAUUACAUUACAUGCAGAGGAAAUCCCUUUCCUUAUGCACUUCAUUUUGGGUAUUCUACAAUAAUAUCGUUCAGUCCCUCUUCCUCUAGCUCUAUGAGGAGGGUGGUAAAGGGUAUUUUCGUGACCCGUGAUCGGCCCUUUUUAUUUCCUGUGAAAUGUGAAAUAGCCAUUUUUUUCCUCGUGAAUCAUGAUUUCCACAGUCGCCGUG